AUCGGGACAACUCCCAAUCGGGCUUUUCUUGAUUUAAUUCUUGCAAGCCUCAAAAAUGCCAUCUCUACAGUUGGGGGCCCACGAUCAUCACCGCAGCAAAGUUCCUUAUGGAAUACAAUUCAUUCGAUGGGUUACUACCGAACGAACAACGCAAGUCUAUCGCACAUGGGUACUCAUUCUAACCUUCCUCGCCUAUGCUUCCUAUCAACUUUCAAGAAGACCAAUCAGUGUCGUAAAGGGAGAAUUCACAGUUCACAAUUGUACAGCUGAUAAUUUAUGCCGUGGAUGGGCACCCUUUGAUUCUCCUGCUAGUGGAGAGAAACUUCUUGGAGCACUAGACGUUGCCUUCCUUUCAUCGUAUGCCAUAGGCAUGUUCUUCAGUGGCUAUCUAGCUGAGCACAUAGACCUAAGGUAUUUUCUGACCUUCGGCAUGAUGUUCAGUGGAUUUUUUUCCGUGCUCUUUGGUUUGGGAUUUUUCUACAAGGUUCACAACUUUGAGUAUUAUUUUUUCAUUCAGCUGUUCGCGGGAUUUUUCCAGAGUACCGGUUUUCCCACUGUAGUUGAGUGUGUAGGCAACUGGAUAGGGAAAAGGAGACGUGGUUUCAUAAUGGGAAUUUGGAAUUCUCACAAAUCCAUUGGAGCUAUCUUAGGAUCCAACAUCGCUGGCAUCUGGGCUAGUAACCAAUGGGGAUACUCGUUUCUUGUACCUGGUUGUAUCAUUGGUGGAGUGGCAAUCGUUGUGUUUUUGUUCCUCGUUGUAGAUCCUAUUGAUGUGGACUGCCCAUCUCCGCAGAGACAAUCUAAAGAGUCCUUUCCUGUUUAUGCUACAUUUAGUACGAAAGUUGAUGUCAGAAAUCCAGCCCAUCAGGAUGGCUUGAUUUCCAAUGUUUCGUCAAGUUCAGUUUUUUUGUCGUUUUCGUCUUCGUCAUCACUUUCGUCUCAUGAGGAACCCGAUGCUAUAAGCCUCUGGAAAGCAAUUCUUAUUCCAGGAGUGAUUGAGUACUCGUUCUGUUUGUUCUUUGCUAAACUGGUCAGUCUAACAUUCCUGUUUUGGUUGCCAUUUUACAUAGAAAACACGAAAAUUGGUGGUGAAUUUCAUGACGUACGUUUGUCUGCAGAGUUGUCCACUUUCUUCGAUGUGGGAGGAAUGAUAGGAGGAAUCUUGGCUGGAUACAUCUCUGACAAAACUGGCUGCAGUGGGAUUGUUGUUGCGGUUAUGUUGUUUUGUGCAGGGCCAGUGCUCUUUUUUUAUAGAUUCCUUUCAAAUUUUAACAUAGCAGCGAAUAUUGGUUUGAUGAUUAUUGCGGGAAUUUUGGUGAAUGGUCCUUAUUCUUUGAUAACAACGGCGGUAUCAGCCAAUUUAGGUUCACAUCCAUGUCUUAAAGGCAACACAAAAGCAAUGGCCAUGGUAACUGCUAUCAUCGGCGGCACAGGUUCCUUGGGUGCUACCCUUGGGCCUCUCUUAACGGGUUUCAUCGCGCCUAAGGGAUGGAACAACGUAUUUUUUAUGCUCAUUGGUGCUGACGUUCUAGCGGCCGUUCUUCUCGUCAGACAAGUGCGGUUUGAAUUAAGCCAGCAUUGUUUUCAAAGCAGAAGAAAGCGAGAAUGUUUGCCAUAUUUGGAGUCUAGCAAGGUGAAUUCGAUUAAUUGGAAGAAACCAAGCGAAAACAGCAAAGUUAGCGAUAAGAGUACUGGAAGCGAAGAAGAACCACUUUUAUACAUCGACUAACAUGCCAGAGCAAAAUAAUCGUAAUUGUACAUGUUUUUUGAGUAACUAAGCUGGAAAAAGAGGGAAUUACAACGAAGCAAUAGAACAAUCAGAGCUUAGAGUAGUACAUGUGGCUGCUGUCAUCGGAGGAAAUGACUGCUUGCUCACAUUAGUAAAGACCCUCUAGGUUCUGAUCGGUUGCUUCACCAAAGAAUAUUCGUUUACACCGUAGAGUCAACGGCCAACUGUAAUGGUUUACUAUUUUAUACAAAGAGAGAAAAUAAUAAAGAGAACAUGAUUUGAA